AUGCAAGGUGCGGCUAUGGCGACGUCGCACGGAAUUGCGCGUCUAAAUCGCCAUCAACAACGACUUCAACAACAAACAUUUCAUAUUCCGACUGCAAAUCGAUUAUUUUAUCAAUUACAGACAGCAAGCACGUCAGUGCGUUUUGCAAAUAAUUUUGGGGGAAUUUUAAAAAUAUCUAGAAGAGGAUAAUAACUUGUAGAAAUUUUGAAAAUACCUAGAAUUCUAUUUCAAAGUUAAAUAAGAAAUUUCAGAUCUGAUUUGAAACCCGAAGAAAAUCUGGAACUUGAUGCUGAGCAACUUUCCGAAAUCCCGGCUGCUUCAAAAUUCGAGAUUUUCAAUGCCGAUUCGGAAAUUUCACAACAAUUUGUGAGGUUGAAUGUGGGUGGACAGAGGUUUAUGUUGAAAAAAGAGACGAUUAGGAAAAGAGGUGUUGGUAAGUUGGAACAGGGGACUACUACAGUAGCACUAGAACUAAUAAUAUCUUCAGGCCGUCUUCUCGACAUUGUCAACAAAUCUUCCGAAUGUGCUGAUGCAUAUUUCUGUCCGUCAAAUGAAUAUUAUUUUGAAAGACCUCCCAUGUUAUUCCAUAUUGUCUAUCAAUUUUAUUUGAACGGAAUAAUUCAUCAACCAACAAAUCUUUGUCCAAUGGAUAUUAUUGAAGAAUUGGAAUAUUGGAGAAUUGUGCCAGAUCAAUAUUUAGCUUCGUGUUGUUGUGCACAGCAACAGGUAAGCUUUGGGGGAAAAAUAGAAAAAAUAUUUUCAAUGACUGAGAAAAGUGUUUUGGAAAACAUUGGAUCUUCAGAAUAAUGUUCGAUGUUUCAAAGUUCUGAACUUCUUUUAUUUAAUGAAAGUCUUGUUCAAAAAAUAAUUUUCCGUUAAAAAAUAAAAUCCAAAAAUAAGUAUUUUCUAGGAAGUCGAUGAGGAUGAGAUGGAAGAUGAAGAAGAAAAACCAAACUUGUUCAAAAGUUUAAAAUUUGGCGAAAUUCGUCGAUCAAUUUGGAAUAUGAUUGAAGAACCAACAUCUGGUGGAAAAGCACAAAUAUUUGCAUUAUUUUCAGUAUUUUUUGUGCUAGUUUCUAUAAGUGGUUUAGUUUUGGGAUCUCUACCAGAUUUACAAUACGAAAGACUAUUACCAGAUGGAAAAGUCGAAAGAGAACCUCUUCCAUUUUUUGGAUAUAUUGAAUAUGUUUGUAUUAUUUGGUUUACAAUGGAAUAUGGAUUGAAGAUGUUAGUUUCGGCGGAAAGAAGUAAAACUGCAAGACAACUUUUGAAUAUUAUUGAUUUGCUUGCGAUUUUGCCAUUUCUUAUUGAAAUGCUCUUAUUUAUUUUUGGAAUUUCGACAGAACAAUUGAGAGAUUUGAAGGGAGCUUUUUUGGUGAUUCGGAUUUUGCGAGUUUUGAGAGUUAUUCGGGUUUUGAAGUUGGGAAGAUAUUCGAGUGGAUUGCAAAUGUUUGGAAAAACAUUGAAGGUUUGCAUUUUUUUUCUCAACGAAACUGUUCAAAGGUUUCAAGAAUUUAUUGAAAAUUUUCAAAAUGUGAAAUCAAAAUUUCAUUUCAUUCCCAAAAUUCCACGUCAUAAAUAUACUAUUUUUAGGCCUCAUUUCGCCAACUCGGAAUGAUGGCAAUGGUUGUGAUGACCGGUGUCAUAUUUUUCUCAACCCUGGUUUACUUUUUGGAAAAAGAUGAACCUAACACAAAAUUCGCUUCAAUUCCAGCUGCCUGUUGGUGGUAAGUUUUCCUAUUUAAAUAUUUUAUUAAUUAAUCAAUGAUCAAUUAAAAUUUAAAGGUGCAUAGUUACAAUGACAACAGUCGGUUAUGGUGAUUUAACACCAGUCACAGUUCGUAAGUAAUUCCCGAAAAUUUACCCACCAGAAAAAAAUUCGAAAAUAUUUUUCAGCGGGUAAAUUGGUGGCGACUGGUGCAAUCGCUUGCGGUGUUUUGGUUCUCGCUCUUCCGAUCACAAUUAUCGUAAGUUCUUGGGUUACUGUAGUCUUUCUUACUGUGGCUAUUGAUGUAUUCAUACAGGCCCAAGUUGCAUUCUCAUUGAAAUCUCGAGAGCGUAAGAUUUCGCGUGUCAUUUUUCUUAAUUUCUUUACGUCUCUCAUUUUAUGCACUGUCUGAUCUCUUACGCUCUCUAGUUUCUCUGAGUCUCUUAUAGAUUCACACUGCCUACAAAAUGCACGAUUGAACACGAAUAAAUUGAGAGAGACGUAGGCAAAAGCGCGGAGACCAAUUUGAAUCAAAAUGUUUUCGAAUAACAAGUUCCCGCGCAUGGUCUUGCAGCGAACUUUUGUAUUUCUCUCGGAGAAUAUCUCUGCGUCACUAUCUCUAUCUCGACUCCCAAUUUUCCCUUUUGAAAUUAUGUGUGAAGUGUUUGUUUGUGGCAAAAUUCCAAAAAGAAAUUCUGAAAUUUUCCAGGUGGACAACUUCAUGAAAGUCGCCGAAACUGAACGACCUGGCGGUGGAAAUCGAUUCCGAACAUCUACAUUUCAAGCCAAACCAGUAUCACCUCCAGUUUCGAAAAAAUCCAUGGACAGAUCCGCUUCUGAACCACUCAAUAAUAAUCCUUAA